AUGAAGAACAAUUACCCAUCUUCUCGAAGAUUUCUGAAACAGAAUAACAAUCACGAAAAUACCCAUCAAAGAUUCAAGGUUUUGAGCAUGUUUUCGAGUAAAUUGAAGGGCAGUGAGAGUAAUUUCACCCGCAUUGAUGCUGCGAAUCCUGCUUUACAAGGUAUGGGUGCUCUGUAUUUAAGAGGGAGUAAAAGUAUGAGUGAUUUAGUUGUUGGGCAUGUAUCAGAAAAUGCGUCUGAAAAGGAGUUGAGGACAUUUCUAAGAGUUUUGAUUCACCACUCUAGUCUAUUAUCGCGUGCUGACUUAGUUUUAAUCUACUCCUCGGCGUCAGCCGCGGCGAGGUUCGGAGCAUUGGUGAGGUUUGAAUGUGACUCAUUUCUUCAACUUUUUCGAAUUGGUGGCGAGCUCGGGAGGUUCACCGAGUUGGAAAGCGGGUUUAGUCGGUACUUAGCCAAGAGGGAGGUUGGUGAAGGGGAGAAAGAGCCGAUUUGGGGGAAGAAGAGAGGGAACUCGAGUGAAGGUGAGUUGACUCGGUCGAGUUACGGGUCAGUGCUCGGGUUUGAGGCUUCUGAGCUUGACCCGGAAGAUACGCUUUCGGGUUUUUUGGUUCAUGUGCCAAUGAGUUUGAGGAGGUGGGCGAGUUACCCGAUGUUGCUGGGACGAGUCCGCCGACAGUUUAAGCAUAUGAUGCUGGUUGAUAUCAGGGAUACAUUGAUUCUUUCCGACCCGUUUAGUCGGGUUCGGAAUCGGAGCUCCGAGUCGUUGUUUAUGUGGUCAAACCUCGACACCGAGCCGACUCGGCAUCAUCAUGGCAAGAGGAACUCAGGAAAGUCGCAGGAUUCGAACUCCAAACCUCAAUUUAACCCCGCAGUCAUUGUUGGUGGAAGCCGCGGGGUGCGUCGGUUUGCAACCGCGGCAUUGACCGAAAUCGUGCGGGGCGUGAUAGAGCACAAGGGGAAGGGGCGAAACUCGGUUACCGAGUCGGGACUCGUGAACCAACUCGUUCACAGUGGGCACCUACUAAAGAACAUAAAUUUGAUCACACCGACCGAGCCACUCGCCGAGUUGAGUUCACUCGGCGGGUUUAACUCGGUCGACUCGGCGAGUUCGAGUUACCUAAGGCUGUCCGAUUACUUCAGUGUGGUGCAACGUGGGCAUAGUAGUGGUGAAAGUGGUAGUUUAGAUAUUGAUGAGGUGGUUAUGAAAGAAAUUUGUGCAUCUCAUAAAUUAUAUUCUUCUGUUUAUAGUGAUUGUUUGGUUAAUCAAUAA